GUGUUAACGGCUGCGUGUUGUGAUGGCUUUGAUUAAUGUUUGAAGAAAAUGUGAAAUGAGGCCAACGGUCGACUGCGUCUGUUGGGUUUAACUUCAGUCUGACGACAGUGUUAAAGGACAUGUGUGUACUGUAGCAGCAACACAUGUUGAGGACGGAGUUGGAUCGUAGCACAAAGAAACCGCAGGCAGGAGAGCAGCCUGCAGAGUAGCAGUGAAGAUGAAGUCCAGCAGGACUCCUCCGGAAGGGGGGUACGGCUGGGUGGUGGUCAUGUCGGCCUUUUUCAUCAUGGGUCUCACUGCUGCCGUCCUCAAAAACUUCGGCCUCUUCUUUCUGGACAUCCAGAGCCACUUUGGAGUUCUGACCAGCACCACCUCAUUGGUCACCUCUACUGCAAUCGCCAUUUUUCACCUGGGAGCUCCCGUUGCCAGCGUGCUUACCUUGCAGUUUUCUCAGCGAGUGGUCAUCAUAGUCGGAGGUCUGCUGUCUGCCUCCGGGAUGUUGCUGGCGUCUCUGGACCUCAGUCUGCCCUGGCUCUACUUCACCAUGGGCAUCCUGCAAGGAACAGGCAUUUGCCUCUCAUGGAUCCCUGCCAACAGCAUGGUGAGCCACUACUUUGUGCGGUGGCGUCCCAUCGCCUACGCCAUUGCCAGCUCUGGGGAGUGUGUCUUUGCCGUCUUGUUCAGCCCCUUCUUCCAGUGGCUGAUUGAGAAAUUUGGCUGGCAGGGUGCCUUGCUAAUCAUCGGAGGCCUUCAGCUCAACCUGUGUGUCUGUGGAGCUCUGAUGAGACCCCUGGAGGCAACCCAAAGCCCGUUACAGAAAACUAAAUACAAUCUAGAAGGUGAUGCUGCUAUGCUCCCACCAAAGAGGAUCUUCCAGUUCUCCCUGAUGAGAAAACCUGAAUUACUCCUCUACAUCCUAUUUGCCAUCUUCGCAGCGGCAGGGUUUUUCAUCCCACCUCUCUUUCUAGUGCCCUUCGCAAACAGUUUAGGGAUGGAUAAGUACUGGUCAGCAUUUACCCUAUCUAUCCUGGCAUUAGCCGACCUGGUGGGGAGGCUGCUCUUUGGGUGGAUGGCCAAUAUGAAGCUGGGGAGGAACCUACAGCUGCUUACCAUUGCGGUCACUCUGCUCGGUGUGGUGCUCCUGCUGCUUCCCAUAAGCCACAACUACUGGACCCUCCUGGCCUUUGCCUCGCUCUACGCGCUCCUGUUUGGCUGCGUGGUGGCCAUUCAUGUCACCUCCAUCGUGGACAUUGUAUCGCUCGAGGGAUUCGACAGUGGACUGGGGCUUUUUAUGCUUUUCAGGAGCAUUGGUGGAUUCAUCGGCCCACCUGCUGCAGGCUGGCUGGUGGACCAGACAAAUAACUACAGCGCUGCCUUCUACCUCUCAGGCAUCUGCUUCAUAUUAUCAGCAGUGUUUGUUGCCCUGGUUGACCACCUUGUUCAAAGGAGAACACUAAUGGAGCCUGAAGUUCAACAGGCAAUCAUCCAGGACAACUCAGAAGCAGGAAAAGUCCAGUGAGACUCUGUUUCAUGAGGAUGUUUACUAAUUUUAUGAGCCUGGUUUACAUCAUUAACCGUGUCAGUCCCAGCCGAAGCUCAACAAUCAGUAGCACCGGCCCUUGUAUUUAAGCCACCAUAAAUCUUGAAGACCACUAUUCAAAUCAGAUAAAUCUUUAUUAUCAAAGAAAUAAGUGUGAUAAGUCCU